ACCUGACUCGGUUGCUUUAGUGCUGCGCUAGAUCUCGAUGGAUUCGAAUGGAAAGAUUUUUUGUUCCGUUCCAAAAAUAUCCUCGGUAGUUUGAAAUCUUUAAAGGUUCGGAACCCUUUCGCGUCAAGGCAGACUGAGAAGACGGACGGGUUUCAAAGUUUUCUAAGGUCGUGGAUGCGUCAAGAGUGCUGUCGUAUUGUGAGGGCGCUGAACCGAAAAAAACAGAAGUGGGUCAGUGAUGCUUUCGUGAGCGCUGUGAGGAAACAAAAAUUGUUAAGUUCGAUCGCACAGAAGAAGACUGUUACUUGGCCUCGCCGGAGAACGUGACCCAGAAAAAGAAAGUAAUACGCGAUGAGGAAAGUGAACGGUAAAUAUUUGUGCGUGAUAUCGUUGGUGAUAUUCUCGAUCAGUGGCAGUGCUUAUACGACCCAGCGAUCAAGUUUGCGGGACGAAGAGGGCAGUCCGUUUAUGGACAUGGCAUCGGAGUUCCUGCAAUCGCUGGGCAAUCAAAAUGGUGGCGGUGGUGGAAACGCGGCAGCGGGUCUGUCCGGAAUUGCUUCCAUGAUUUUGCCUUUGAUGGCCAAUGCAGGGGGUUCGGGUAAAUCGACCGGAGGGCAGAACGAUGGUGUUGGGGCCAUCCUGUCCGGGAUCGGGAGCAUGCUGGCUAAUGCUAAUGGAGGCGGCGGCGGAGGAGGUGGAGGCGGAUUUGAUCCGGCCAUGAUAGGUAACGUUAUCCAAAUGUUUGCCGGUGCAAAUGAAGAACCCAAAAGUCGAUCCAACAAGCGUCAGAAGCGUCAGCAAGCCGACGAAGGAAAUCCCAUGCUAGAUACUGUGCUCAAUCUUGCGCAAACUUGGCUGGCCAACUCGAAUAGCGUCGAUCGUGAUGACGACCAAGAGCCGCAGCAUCCGGGUUUCAAUGGCGAAACACUUGCCAAUCUACUACCGUUAGCCGUUCAGGCGUUCCAAUCGUUCUCCGGACCGGAAAUGGAGAAGACUCAGGAAAAACAUAAAAGUCAUUCCUGGGUAUUGCCACCAUUCCUGGAACACAUUCACGUGAUGUGGGAUCAGUUUACGCAAUCGGAACUGGCCGAAGCAAUCUGGGCCAAGGUCGGACUGGACAAAGUAUUCAAAGGAUUCGUCGGCCGGGACGGUAAACUGGACUACGAUAAGCUGUUCGAUACGCUGCAAAACCAAUCUUUCCGGCGACGAUGGAUAAAAUCGGCUACCAUCUACCUUGCCGAAUGGGCUAAUUAUAUCGCAAACCCAGAAGUGUACCAGAGAUACGUGGCCACCGGGCAGAUGAUGGCCAAUGGUUUCCUGCAGUCCCGGGGCUAUCCGAAGCAGGCCCUCCUGGACAUGACCCGGCCGAGCGAAUCCAUCUCGAACCUGAUCGAUCACACGGCCAAGAAGCACCUGCAGGUGAAGAUCGCAUCCGUCACCUACGUGAAGCCGGCCGUCAACUACGUCAAGGAUCUGCUAAAACUGGGCAAGGCUAAACAGUUCCUGCAACAGUACAACGUAACCGAGCUGACGGACAAGUUGACCGAUACGCUAAAUUUGGAGGUUAUCGAACCGGUUCUGAAGGUUCACCGAGCAUACCGGCAAACAAUUGAGUUCCCUCAUUGCGAUAAAUACAUCUUGUGUGAGAUUAACUCCCACGAUCCCAAAGAAAAGUUGGGCCUGGGGGGAUUUAAGCAUGGAGUGAUUAAAUUUGGAAGCAUGGCCGCCUCGUGGUUUAUCAGCCAGGAGACUCAAACCCCCUUCUGGACCUUGUUUGCGAUCAUCAACGAUCCACAUAACUGUGACAUAAAACACCCAGCGGAUUGUGCGGACUAUCACGAGAACGAAAGUAAGGUCACCACCGAAUAUCCUCACAAUGAGCUAUGAGUUGAAGCGGCUCACCAAGAGAAAAAAAUUGUUCAAAAAUAUAAAUCAAGUGAAAAAAGCCCAAAAAAAGUGAUUGUUACAGAAAAGGUAGAAAAUCAGGCAAUGAUCUAGAAGAUGAAAAGGCGUGUACCGGUUUUGUGAUAGUAAGGAAUCGAGGUUUGAAAUUUACAUUUGAACUUUACAUAUAAUUAGAAUUAAGUUUGAGUGGGAAAUAGUUCAGAUCAGCGCAGUCGGAUUGCGCGGUGGGUUUGAAAAUAAACAUCAACUGUACUGUUAGCUUAUGAUUAGCGGAUAAUACUCUAGACUUAAAGCAAUAGAGGUAGAAAAAAAACAUUGGUCCUGCAUUUCUGCUUUGAAUGUAAAUUUCUAACUGCAGAAACCGGUCAAGGCGUUCGGAAGUGAAUUGCACUCAAAAAUAAAGAAAAAAAAAACCCAAUAAAAGACAAAUGAAUGAAAAAAUCUUAA